AUGCUAUUAUCAAUUGUUACAGUAUGUGGAAACCUACUCGUAGUGAUCUCAAUCAUUUACUUUAAACAGCUCCACACACCCACAAACACUCUCAUUCUGUCUCUGGCUGUAGCUGACCUCCUUGUUGGGAUUUUAGUAUUUCCUCUCAGCAUGGCCUUCUCUCUGAGUUCAUGUACCUAUAAUGAGAGUUUAUUUUUUGACAGGUAUUAUGCAGUGUGUCAGCCUCUAACAUAUAGAUCUAAAAUCAGCCAUCAGGUUGUUGUCAUCAUGAUCGUUGUGAGCUGGGGUGUUUCUGCUCUCAUUGGAAUUGGGGUGAUAAUUCCUAAAAUAAAAAAUGAACAGUGUUUGGAAACCUGUUUUAUUGAUGUUCUGAUGGCAAACACAAUAGGACCUUUGUUAUCAUUUUACCUGCCAGUGCUCAUAAUGCUUUGCAUCUACCUGAAGAUUUUUCUUGUUGCCCAGAGACAGGCACGAUGCAUCCAAACCAUAACAAAACCUGGAGUAACUGCUAGUAAGAUGGAGAGAAAAGCCACCAAAACUCUGGCUAUUGUUUUAGGAGUGUUUCUGUUUUGUUGGACUCCUUUUUUCCUUUGCAUCACUUUUCUACCUUUUACCAGUAAUUCCGUACCAGUUCCUGUGAUUGAAACACUUAACUGGCUAACUUUAUCAAAUUCAAUGCUUAAUCCAUUUAUCUAUGCUUUCUUUUACACAUGGUUCAGAUCAGCCUUUAAAAUGAUUGUUUCUGGGAAAAUAUUACAAGGUGAUUUUGCUAGCUUGAGACUGCAUUGAAUAGUAUCAAAAGAGAAGUUGGGACAUUUUAAAUGUAACACACAAUAACUGAACAUUGAAAUCUACAUUUUAAAACAGUGAUGGCAAGUCUGGUUACUAUAAGAGUCCAAAGCCCAAAGGCUUGUUUUUUUUCUAAAAUUGCUUGCAAACUUCAUGAGUUGUGGGUUGCUUAUUUUUGGGCUUGAUUUUGAAUAUAAAGUUGUUUAUGUGGGCUUUUUUACUGACAAUAUCUUUUCCAGGUCAUCAUACAGCAGAACAAGAGUUAGGCAACAAGGCUUGCGCUGCUGCUGCUUACCCGUUGAUAAUAAUUUUAUGAGCAGGAAAAGUUCCAGUGGGUAUAAAUACCAUACUAAAUGCAUACAUAUGUACAGAUUAGAGGCAGCAUCUGUAUUACCGUGUGGUGGGUUGCCUGCUUUGUGCUUGCUUUUAUAAUGCUGGUUGCUUGUUUCCGUCACAAGUCUGUGCAGUCCUAUUCAAUUUGAAAUUCUUAAAGAGGAGAUACUGUGCCUUCCUUUUAAGAUUUAAAUCGCUCAGAUGCUGUCUAUAUAAAGUGCUACUGCAAGUUCACAGUGAACAUGUAGCAUCGCUAGUUGUGUAUGUAUAGGGUAAGUGGGGGGUAUUGGGAGUCUAGCCUUAUGACCUGGGGAAUGAAGCUGUUGUGGAAUCUGGUUGUUCUGAACCUCUUGACAAAGAUGGUGGGAGGAGUUUUUUAUGGUUAUAAAAAAAUAGGACCCAAAUAGAAUAUAAAUACAUGUCCCUGGAGAGAUUAAAUUUAACUUGUCUGCACUUCUAGAGACUCCAAGUACAUAGCGAAAUGUAGCUACAGGCUAAAAGGUGGAGUUUGCAUAACAUAUCUCCUAGAUAACUAAACCAGAACACCAGUUGGUUGUGUACUUUGACAUAUUCUUCAAAGAAUGAACAUAAGUGUAAAAAAACAAAAACAAAUACAGGUUCAAUUCGGUCUACCGUUAAAGUAUGGAAUAAAUAUUUAUAGCAUUUGCUUGGCAGGUGGCCAUGUUACACUAAAUGCUUAACUUUGCAAAAAAAAAAAUAUUUCAAACUAAAAAUGUCAUUGAUGUUUUUAUUGCAAUAUUGAAAGAGCAAUAUAAAAAAUAUGGUUUGCGAAUUAUACUGUAUUAUCCACAAAACAUAAUAAAAUUGCAUGGUUUUUCUACGGCCUGUGCUUUGAAUCCUUUUAGAUAUAGUAAAUAAUAUUGACCCAAUAUUAAGAUGUUUCUAUAAUGUGGCUCAUUAAACAUUUACUUUACAGGAUGAGAUACCCACUAUUUAUUGUCUUUCCAUAGACUAGACCAAAUUAAUUCAUUUUAGUUUAAUUGAAUUCAGGAUAAGGAUGUCAUGAUUUGGGUGUUGUUUAUUUUGCUUUUGGACUUUUAUAGACUUUUCCUGCUAGCCUGUUCACCACCACCCUUCUCUACAUCAGCUCCACCUGUUGCCACUAAUUAGUUUAAACUUUGGUCACCUGUUCACCUGCUUACUUAUUCCCAUUUCAGCCUACUGAUCCUUGCCAGGUUAUUACGAGCCACCAGUGAGUCUUAUCCAGCGUUCUGAAGCCUUCCUGCCUGUUUCUGUCUCCUAAUUCUCCGAGCCUGACUAACCCAAGUCAGACCUGAUUGUUGUGCUUCCUGGAUUUCUGACCUGCUUCUGUGCCCUGACUCUGUUCUCGGAUUCUGUUUUGGAUUUUCCCUGGAUCUCUGAUCACCUGGCUCUGACCCUGAACCUGCUCUUUGACUUCGGACUCUGAUUAUUCCCCCUGAUCAUCCUGCCUGACUUAGCUUUUACGGUUCUGGCCCUGUGCCUGUUUGUCGGCCACUGAGCACCUGCCGAUCCCACAAGUAAGAUCAAUCAAGCUGCCCUGAACGGACUUUGAUUCAGUUUUCUACCUGCAACAGUUCCAUCUUAAUAAACUGCCUUCUUAACCUUAUCUGAUAUUGUCUGGUUUGAAUUCUGGGUCCUCUGGUUCUGGUCUUUACAAAGGAUAGAUUUUCAAAUGUGCAAAGGGGGAAAAAAUUAGAAAAAUGUAGAAUUGCACUUAUUAAUUUUUUUUCUUUGCUGUAACAUUGCUUCAUCCUAAAGUCUGCGUAUUCGCCUUGAAAUGUACCUUAUUUGUAGAG